AUGGCGAGUAGGUAUCAUAGUCCAGUGAUAGAAGCGCCGCCUCUCAAGGCACUAAAACCGCCAAUAACCCGCCAGCAACCAUUACUCUCUUCAACAUUGUCGAUUGCUUUCGACGCACUGGAUGACCUCAAGGAGAAACUAUCUCAUUGCCAGACGAUGGCAUUUCAAAUCGAGGUUGUCCUCAACGACAUCAAAACUUCGGCCAAUUGUACGUUCGCCAGUCAAGACACCUCUUUAAUUGACCUGUCGCGGGACCCAAGACCAGCUGCAAAAGUUCUCUUGGCGGCUCAGGAAGCCCAAGAUGCUCAAGCAGCUCUGGAAGCCCGGAAAGUCGAGAUAGCUAUGAAAGCCCCAGCAGCCCCAGCAGCCCCAGAAGCCCCAGAAGCCCCAGAAGCCCCAGAAGCCCCAGAAGCCCCAGAAGCCCCAGAAGCCCCAGAAGCCCCAGAAGCCCCAGAAGCCCCAGAAGCCCCAGAAGCCCCAGAAGCCCCAGAAGGCCCCCGAAGUCCUAGAAGCCCUAGAAGCCCUAGAAGCCCAGCAAGCUGCAAAGAGCGCUUCGCUCCUACUUUCAAUUCACCGCCGGCCCCCAGUGGAAAUAAAGCAGGGCGCACUUCGGCCGUCUCGCGGUUAAGAGGUCCUGUCGACUUUAUCGCGGGCAUGCGAGACGGGGCUGGUGUGGAUCGAUUGCUUGAGAAGCAAAGAGCGAGUCUACCCAAGGGGAAUGUCCUGGGCUUAGCCUAUACCUGUGAAGCUAAAUGCGGAUACGACGACACUGCAGCGGAUUUCAUCAGUUGCGAUUCUGCUUUCCACAGAAAGCAGCCACGACUCAAGCUUCCUACAGGAGAAUACAGUGAUCGAGGCUGGUAUCAUCGACCUUGCGAGGGGGUUCCCCCCGGACCGGUGCCGAGUACUUGGUUUUGCAGUUCUUGUAGGGCCAGAGGCAGAAUGUCAACAGACGACCACGACUACGAUGAUGGCAACGACAGUGAUCAGGACGACCAGCCUGAUGCAGACGACUUUGAUGGUAGUGAAGAUGGGUUCGAUCCAGGACAGGGCACUCCUAGCGAAGAUGGCGAUGACAGCGAUGGGCAGGAUGAAGAUCAAUACGAUUACGAGGAUCUCGGCAGCACGAACGCUGACAAGGAAAACCGCCAUAUUACAGACGAAGUUGCACAAGACAACGAUCAAGAUGUACAGGACGACGCUCACGACUUGCAUGACGAUGAUCAAGACUCGCAGGACGAAUCUGAUCAUGAUUACGACUAUGUCAAUCCUGAUAAGCGUCGGGUGCCAUAUAUCAUAGGAGAUGAUUCGCAGGACGAAUCUGAUGAGGAUGACGACUAUGUCAAUUAUGAUAACUAUUGGAAGCCCUACACUAUAGACGACGAAGAUAAGCAGGACAGCAAUCAAGCAGCGAAUACAGCCAGCUCCAGCACUACGCGGAAGAAGCCCAACAAGAGUCGGAAGCCAACUCCGCACAGUCUAGGUACCGCCGGCGCCAACCAAACUCCUCUGCCUCCACCAAAAACCUAUUCUCGGCAACGAUGGCUUGAAGAGGAGAAAGCAGAAGCUAUACGCCUCAUGAGGGAGAUCAUUGACGAAGAUGUGAUCUCUGGAGAAGCGCGCUUCGAAGAAACCGCUCGACGCAUGCGGCUUCAAGGGUACCAGAGGCCGUGGACUGGUGUGAAGAACGUCUGGAACAGGGGCCUUCGCGAGCGAUCGGGUUAUGAUGAACGAAGGAAUCAAAACGCACCAUUGACGACCUCAAAACAAGACGCCGAAACCAAGAGAAAGAGAAAGGAGGAGAAGGAGAAGGAGCAGGCAUCGCGUUCUUCAACCACUGAAACGGAUGGCAAUGGUGGUGACGGAUCAGAGACUGUUGACCAGACUGUUGACCAGACUGUUGACCAGACGAAUGACCAGACGAAUGACCAGACGAAUGACCAGGCACAGAGUUCGACCAGCGUGCAGACAAAUGGCUAUGCGACCCCAAGAGCAAAGAGCCAGAGCCCGAAGCGCCAGCAUGUGGCGGACGAGGAUGACGAAGCCACACCUACCAAGCGCCGGAGGUCGGUGUAG